GUGGCAGCCUUCGAGCCACUUGCCUUAAAAUAAAAAAGCGUGGAAGUAGAGCGGAUUAAGCGCUUGCCAAUAACAAAUUGAUCGAAUUUGGGUGACGAAUUUAUACCUGAAUACGGAAAGCAGAGAGUCGCAAAGCAAAAGCGUAAAUAGGCUUAAACGGCUUAAUGAGAUAAACGAAACCAUCAAAUUUUACAUGCGCAACGAAACGACGACAACAAAUCCAGAGAUAAACAAAUAAAGUAGACAGUGAUUCGGAAAUUCAAAAUUAAAAACAAUACAGAACUUUGGAAUUGGAUUGGCAGCCGCCCAUCUUCGACAGCCUCCCAGUAAGAACCAAAAAAAAAAACAACAACAGAAUCAUGAAUCUACUGCUGCACCACAAAGGAUCGCCAAUGAACAUGAGAACGCAUUACAUGUUUCAGAAUUUCUACAAGCGCUAUCUUAGAACAAGCAGUUAUGCGUACAGUUCAGCGAAACAUGUUGCCCACAAAAGCGAAGCUUCAUUGCAUCCGGAGUCCAUGGUGCUGAAACAGACGAGGUCAUUUGGUGGUAACUCGAUGAUCGCCUGCCCGCAUCAUAUUCAUCGUCAAUAUUACCUUUCGGGUCAUGGUCUCCGGCAUUUUCAUGCGAGUCGCUCACUCUUUGAUACACCCUCGAAGAUUGAUGCGACAGUGAAAAAGCUGAAGAAUCAGCAAAAGGAAAAGGUUGAGGAGAUUAUGAAGGAAGUGGCCAAUGGAAAAGCCGCAAAAUCAACCACCGAAUCAGCCGCAUCUGUGACAGCAGCUGUUGACAGUAAGACGACGGCUUCUUCUGCCCUUGAAACCAGCAAAACAGCAACGGCGGCAACGACAACGACAAAGUCGGAGAGUGAGUUAACAGUGGCCAAGCCGAAGAAAUCAUUACAGCAACGUAUUUGGGAUGAGAUCGUGCACUAUUAUCAUGGUUUCCGGUUGCUCUUCAUUGACACGGCCAUCAGUUCGAAGUUGCUUUGGCGCGUCCUCAAUGGAAAGACGCUGACAAGGCGUGAGAAUAAGCAACUGCAGCGUACGACAUCGGAUCUGUUUCGAUUGAUACCGUUCUCGGUGUUUAUUAUUGUACCGUUUAUGGAAUUGCUGCUGCCCGUGUUUAUAAAAUUCUUUCCGGGCAUGCUGCCAUCAACAUUUCAAACGGCUAAAGAUCGUCAGGAUAAACUACGACAGUCCCUGGCCGUCCGUCUUGAAGUGGCCAAGUUCUUGCAGCAGACUCUUGGUCAAAUGCCGGUGCAACACAGGGAACACAGCAGUGAGGAAGCCAAACAGUUUGAGACCUUCUUCAAUAAGGUUCGCAGUAAUACUGAGCAUGUGAGCAGCGAUGACAUCAUCAAGUUUGCAAAACGAUUCGAUGAUGAGAUCACAUUGGAUUCUCUUACCCGUGAGCAGUUGGCGGCUUUAUGCCGUGUGCUCGAGUUGAAUACCAUUGGUACCACAAUGCUAAUGCGCUUUCAGUUGCGGCUCAAGCUGCGCUCCUUGGCCACCGAUGAUCGUGUGAUCGCCCGCGAGGGCGUCGAUUCACUCAAUCUGUUUGAACUGCAACAGGCGUGCAAGUCACGUGGAAUGCGUGCCUACGGCCUGACAGCAGAGCGUCUACGCUUCCAAUUAAAGGAGUGGAUCGAUUUGUCGCUAAAUGAACAGGUGCCGCCCACGUUGCUGCUGUUGUCACGCGCCAUGCUGAUAUCUGAUGAUAGCAUUACGACGGACAAACUGAAGGAGACAAUGCGUGUGCUGCCAGAUGCAGUUGCCGCACAUACGCGUCAUGCGAUUGGUGAGCGUGAGGGCAAGGUGGAUAACAAGACGAAGAUUGAAAUUAUUAAAGAGGAGGAGCGUAAGAUUCGUGAAGAACGCGAAGAGGAGCGCGAAGAGAAUAUUGCCAAGCGUACAGCUAUUAAAGAGGAGCUGACUGCGCCGUUGUUGUCCGAGGAAGUUGUCAAAGUUCAAAAUAUGCCCGAUAAGGAAUUGAUAGCCGCGAGUGAGGACAAGGAGAAGACCAUCACUCACACGGACGUGCAGUUGCUUUCUGAUGCGUUGAAAACGCUCUCAACGGACAAACAAUUGGUUGUUGAAAAGGAGACAAUCAAGGAGCUUAAAGAGGAGCUUCGUGACUAUCAAGAGGAUGUCGAGGAGCUGCGUGAGGUGCGGGAAGUGGUUAAGGAGCCAGUGCGUGAGAGUCGGGCCGCUAAGCUUCUAUACAAUCGCGUCAACAAAAUGAUAUCGCAGUUGGAUAAUGUGCUCAAUGAUCUAGAGCAACGCCAGCAGAAGAUCAAGCAGGUGGAUACUCCCGAGCUAGGCCCAGAAUCUACCUCUAGCAGUCCUUCACAAAUGGUGCACAUUGAUGAACUUGUGUCAACCAUUCGACGCAUGAAGGAAGCCUCCGAUGAGGAGCGCUUCAAGGUUGUUGAAGAUUUGAUGGUCAAACUGGAUGCUGACAAGGAUGGCUUCAUUUCUGUCAACGAAAUUACCAAAGUGGUACAAAGUAUUGACAGCACGGCCACAAAUAUUGACAAAAAGCAGCUUGAAGAGUUCACCGAUCUUCUUGUCAAGCAGGCAGCCAAGAAACGUAACGAGGAGCUCGUUCGCAUCGAUGAUCUCAUGCAUAACAUCAAGAAGUUGAAGGAGACCAGCGAUGAGGCGCGUCUUAAAUACAUUGAAACCGUGUUGGACAAAUUCGAUGCGGACAAGGAUGGUGUCGUUACCGUCAAUGAUAUACGCAAGGUGCUGGAGUCCAUUGGACGCGAUAACAUUAAACUUAGUGAGACUGCCAUUGAGGAGCUCAUUUCGUUGCUGGAUAAGGAGCAGAUACUGGAAGCAGAGCAAAAGAUCGAGAAAGCUAUUGCAAAGAGCAUGAAGGAGGCGGAGAAACUUAAAUUGGAGGUUGAGAAGAGUGAUAAGGACAUGGCAAAGUUAGUGGAUGGUAUACAUGAUUCGGCAAAGGAGAUACGUGACAUUGCCACCGAAUUGGGCGCAUUGGAUAAGGAUAUUGCUAAGCAGUCAAAGCCAGAAACCGAUCUAAAGGACAAUGCAAAGACAUUGAAAGAUACUGCAACGAAGCUGGACGAGAUGGUGUCCAAAUCGCCGAAAGGCGACAACAAGGGACCAGGCUCGCCACGUUCUCCGCCCAAAGGAUCCGGUGGUGGUAGCAGCAAUAGCAGUUGCAAAGCGAGCGGCGCCAGUAGCGAUGAAACAGCCACGAAGGCUGUGCUGCGCGAGGCAGCGGAGCGUCACAUAGAGAAGCUGCUUCCCCAAAAGAAUAUCGAAUUGCCGCCAACGUUACCAACACCAGCUGCGUCCCAGACGAAGACAGCAAACUCCUCAAAGGCAGCGGCCAACGGUGCGUCUACGACAGUCGCGUCGAAGAAACUGAUUUGACCGUCCAAGACGAAAGCCAAGCUAGAUUCCUUGACCAGCAGUAAUCCAGAACAAGUACCUAAAGCGAAAUAAGAUGAUGAUGUCUACCCUAUGUCCAUUGUAUUUAAAUGGGAGUUUUGCUAACUAUUAGCAUAUAUACAAGUACUGUUAACUCGAGUAGCUAGUUGACAUUAAAUUACAAAUCUGUAUUUAAAUUGAUCCUAGACAAGAGUAAUAUUUCGCGAGGCUGUAGUAAGAAAAUGUAAAUGCAAGCACAAAUCACAAAUUAACUACAUUAUCUAUAUAUUUAUAAAUACAAGCACAUACCAUUUGAGGGUGUCUUAACUAAAACUACCUUAAAACUAUUUACUUUGUUUUCUACCGCCCUAGUUUUACAUUAAUUAUGUUGUCGUACGAAUGUGCUGAUCAACAACAUCUUGCAAUUAGCGCAACAUUUAGCGUUUGUGAUCAUAAAGCGAACUGUUUGUUUACAUAUUACAUAUUAUUUCUAUUCAUUUAAUAUACACGUAUUAAAUCUACAACUGCAAGGGUUUAACAAUUGAAUUCCGAUGGAAAAAUGCUUGAGAGAAAAGCAUUAGCGAAGAAACUAAAUGUAACAAUAAUAAAUAAAUGAAAAACCACGUGAUAAUUUUCUAACAAUAA